AUGGUCCCCGCUAAUAACGAUAACGGGCGAGGCGCACCACAAUUGGACCCAGCAAGGAAGAACACCGCGAUCCCCGAUUUUCGACCAUCACCAAACGCCAACCGACACCUCGUCAGCGCAUCCCCCGUCAAGAUGCGUACCUACGACGACGCUUUCAGCGGCCAGAAGAUCUACCCCGGCAAGGGUAAGCUGUACGUCCGUGGCGACAGCAAGAUCUUCCGCUUCCAGAAUGGCAAGUCCGAGUCGCUCUUCCUCCAACGGAAGAACCCCCGCCGCAUCGCCUGGACUGUCCUCUACCGCCGCCAGCACCGCAAGGGUAUCUCUGAGGAGGUCGCCAAGAAGCGCACCCGCCGCGUCGUGAAGCACCAGCGUGCCAUCGUCGGUGCCUCCCUCGAGCAGAUCAAGGAGCGCCGCACCCAGCGCCCCGAGGCCCGUGAGGCCGCCCGCAAGCAGGCCAUCAAGGAGGCCAAGGAGAAGAAGGCCGCCGCCAGCGCUGCCAAGAAGGCCGACAAGGCCAAGACCGCUGCCAGCGCCGCUAAGGGUGGUGCUCAGCGCAUCGCCUCCAAGCAGGGUGCCAAGGGCUCUGCCCCCAAGGUCGCCGCCAAGUCUCGCUAAAUUU